AUGGUUUCAGACGAUUCAGAUCACAAAUUCCUCAGCCACAACAUCAGUGGAAACUGCUUCAGAGAUACAAAAAGCGCCCUCUACAAACGAAUCAUGAAAGAGUGGAAAAUUCUCGAAAACAAUCUCCCCGAUUCCAUCUACGUCAAAGCAUAUGAAACCCGCAUCGAUUUACUCCGUGCCGUUAUCGUCAGCGCAGCCGGUACACCUUAUCACGACGGUCUGUUCUUCUUUGACAUUCAAUUCCCUGACGAUUACCCAAACAGUCCACCAAAGAUUCACUAUCACUCUUUCGGGUACAGCUUAAACCCUAAUCUUUACCCUGACGGCACCGUUUGCUUAAGCCUUCUCAACACAUGGCCUAGUACAAAGGGCGAGAAGUGGGACCCAACUAGGUCUACACUUCUUCAGCUUUUGGUCUCUAUUCAAGCACUUGUACUUAACGAGUGCCCACUUUUUAACGAGCCUUUUUACCGUAUAUUCAAACGUUCUUUCCAUGAAACCAAGUCAUUUACAUACAAUGAAGAUGUUUUUGUUAAAACGUGUCACGCUGCAUAUUUGAUCAUUCGGACACCGCCAAAGAAUUUUGAAGUAUUUGUUAAGGAACACUUUCGUGAACGAGGACAUGUUCUUCUCGCUGCGUGUAAAGAGUACGUGAAUGGGCACGUGAGGGUUGGGUAUUAUGGUUACAACACCAUGGACAGCAGCAGCAACCGCGACAAUUCUUCGACGGUUAUUGAGGUUAGGGAGUCUUUUCAGGUGUCGUUACGGAGUGCUUACCGCCGUUUGUAUACAAAGUUUAAGGAGUGUGGUGCUUCGUUGGAAACUUUCCAUCAUGACUUGGAGUUUGAAGUACAAGUCAAUGCUGGGAGUGGAAUCUGCGAGAAAGCAAUGGCAAUGAUCAAACAAGCUUUGGGAUGGAAGAAGGAGAGUACCUAA